GCUUUCAUGAUCCCGCUUUGGCGCGAGAGGGGGGACCGGUCAGGUGUGCUUUGCUUGGCACCCUCCGGAGUUUCCCAGUUCUCCCGGGCAGCGACGCAGAGCUUCGCUCGCUUCUUUAUUUUGCUCUCCUGAUGCUCUUGUCCUCGUACCGAAGCUGGAGGAAGAAAGAAGAAUCAAUAAUGUCAGCCUUGAACUGGAAGCCAUUUAUCUACGGAGGUUUAGCAUCAAUCACUGCAGAGUGUGGUACUUUCCCAAUUGAUCUGACCAAAACACGUCUACAGGUUCAAGGUCAAGUUAAUGAUGCCAAAUAUAAAGAGAUCCGCUACCGUGGAAUGGUGCAUGCACUAGUGAGAAUAUGCAAAGAAGAAGGAUUGAAAGCUUUGUACUCUGGGAUUGCACCUGCAAUGCUACGCCAAGCUUCAUAUGGAACCAUAAAAAUAGGCACUUACCAAAGUUUAAAAAGAAUGUUUGUUGAGCAUCCAGAAGAUGAAACUCUGACAAUAAAUAUUCUAUGUGGUGUUCUUUCGGGAGUAAUUUCAUCAUCUAUUGCCAACCCUACAGAUGUCUUAAAGAUCAGAAUGCAAGCCCAAGGUAGUACGAUACGAGGAGGCAUGAUGGGAAACUUUAUACAGAUCUACCAGAAGGAAGGCACUAGAGGAUUAUGGAAGGGAGUAUCCCUGACAGCGCAGAGAGCAGCUAUUGUUGUUGGAGUGGAGCUGCCAGUAUAUGACCUUACCAAGAAGCACAUAAUCAUGUCUGGAUUUAUGGGAGACACAAUUUAUACACACUUUCUCUCAAGCUUUACUUGUGGGUUAGCUGGAGCCAUUGCAUCUAACCCAGUUGAUGUUGUAAGGACACGCAUGAUGAAUCAAAGCCAACAAAAUGGGACAUACUCAAGGUACAAGGGUACUUUGGAUUGUUUGCUACAAACAUGGAAGAAUGAAGGCUUUUUUGCUUUGUAUAAAGGAUUUUGGCCAAACUGGUUGAGACUUGGUCCUUGGAAUAUUAUUUUCUUUCUGACAUAUGAACAGCUGAAGAAAUUAGACUUCUGAUGUGUUGAACUGUUAUGAAUUCUGCUCAUGUGCUAUUUGAAUUUAGAGUAACUUAAAUUGCUCUUGAGCACCUUCUCUUAGUGCCGGAGACGCUGGCAAAAGGAAAAGUUCAACACAAGAUUGCUGUGAAUUAGGACUACCUAGAAGUGACUUCAAGGCAAACACUAGCUCCUGUAACAAUGAUCACAUAAUUUGUUGGAUGAUGUGCACUUUCAGGACUGAACCAAACUCGCUGGAAUACUUUGUCAACUAUGUAAGUGCUCUUGAAUGUGAAAUCUGUAUUGGAACUUGAAAGUAUUCUUACUGUUGCUUUUUUUUAGGUUCUUUUUCUUUUUUUUUUUAAAGGAAAGAACUAUCUUUGAAGGUAAAUGGGUAGUACCAAGGAACUGGGCUUGUCUUUUGAAUGUGUAGUAUUUGUGGCUGCAAAAAGUUAUUUAGAAGCUUCAGAGAUAUAAACUGACAGUGUAACAAGACAUCUGUGCUUUUCAGUUUAGCAAAAUACCUGCUGCAGAAAAAUCUGCUUCUGGUUUUAGAGCUUAACUGUGUUCUAAGUCUAAGAUGUCAACAUAAUUUGCUGGAAGUAAUCCUACUUUGUUUGAAAGUGUGGUGGUACAGUUGUCAGUUUUCUAUAGUUGAAGGAAAGUUGCUUUUUCAAAUGCAUCAUUUUUUUGUUUUCAGCAUAAAGGGUUCUUGGACAUUUCUAUCUAAAUUUUUAUUUAGAAAUGAAGUUCAGACAAGUCCAUACUCAUCUACCUGUCUUGCAGAGAAACUUUCCAUGCUUCUUCCAUUGUUGGGAAGAACUACUGGUAACAGCCUAUUGUGUGUCUUCUGAAAGAUGCAAGUUUUGCACUGAGCAGCUCAGGCUGAUUAAUGGAAGUGCCUAGGUAAAAAGAUCAAAACUUCUGGAAAAAGUCUAAUACAGAGGCUACUUUGCUUAAAAAAAAACACUCCUAAGCACUUUCUAGCAUUCUAGCAAAUGGGCCCAAGUUGCUGUUACAUACAAGUUAAAGUCUUUGUGAAGAUUACAACUCCCUUAGAAUGUUACCUUUUGAUUUAAAUGUAUAUAUCAAAACUUCAGUGCCAUUAGCUGAACAGUUAUCAGGGUUUUGAUGUUGUUGAAUGCUAAGCAAGGGAGUAUGUGACAUGCAAGUUGUAGAAUGUUCCUUCUGUGUUUAUAGAAGGUAACAAAACGGGGUGCAUGGAUUUCCAUUUUUGUGGCAAUGUAGCAUACUCAGAUCUUUUAAAGCAUGUUGCAUAAUUGUACAUUCCACUUAAUCUUACUGCAAUUUCAAAAUUAAUAUUGUCACUAAAUUGCUAAUUUUGAGUUCACAAAGUGAAUAUUUUUAAAUGCACAAGGCACUUUCUUUCCUAAGGCACAGAAAUGUUUUCUAUGUAUAUGGGUAUGCUCAUGUGCACUUAGUUUUUCCUUACAGCUGUUCCUACGCUUUAAUAGGAAUAUUUGUAAAUAUUUUUGUACAAGAUGUAAACCAAGUGUAUUUUUUUGCAUUUAAGCCUAUUAAAGGUUUUAAAACUA